AUGGUGGUUGAAGACAAGUUCAAUAAUUAAUGAAUUCUGUUGCAGGAAUCAGAAGAAACUGACGGAGUUCCGCCCCCGUUGACCAUGGAGCCCGAUGAGACGUGCGUUGCGGUUCGAACGCGGCCGCAGGUGCCGCCAAAACCGCCCAUCGACACGCUCCGCUACAGCAUGAACAACAUCAAAGGUAUGCACAGCCUCAAAAAACCGUUUUCUUUAUUCUACUCAAAGUCAAAGUUUCAAUAAUUCAACAUAAAGACUGGGGAAAGGAGUAAAAAAUGUUGACAGCCUCACCGGAAAAUUCGGUCGCUUUUUUAAAGUUGCUAUUUUUUGAAAAUUUUGAAACUUUUUAGUUCAAAAUGCGUAGAUUUCUCGAUUAAGCUUCGAAAACCCAAAAAAUCACGGCUUAAAAUAGGAGACUUUUUGAUUUUAUCGAUGCCUUUCAACCUUUUUAAUUUGACAUGAAAUCGAAAUAUGUUAAGGGCGAAAUAGUGUUCUUUAAGACUUGAGAGCCUUUUUGGCGAGAAUAGAAAAAUUCAGGAAAAGGGGAAUUUUCUCAAAUUUGAUGACCAGAAUUUUUGAAAAAUGGUUUUUAAACUGGUCAGACUAUGAAAAAAUACGUACUUGAAAACCGUUAACAUCCUAAUAAAGUCAUAAGAACUCUCCAAAAUUUGAAAACUUGGAAUAAUAUUCUUCAUAAAAAAAAGCGAUCGACCCACUUUUAUAAGCAUGCCUUGAGUAUCUGAAAAAGGAUUUUUCCAUCAUUUUUAACUUGAAACGCCAGGAAAAAAUAGCCACCAGCGUUCAACAGCUUGUGCGCCCCAAAGAUAAUCAGACGGGGAUUUUUAAAUUCAGAUUUCUGCAGCUUUUCGAUGGUAGUUUGAUUAUAAGAGAGCUUCACAGGAGAUUUUACUGAACUAUUUUUUUAAGGAAUUUACAAAUGUUUGAUGUAAAAAAGGAAUUUCCCUGUGAAAGUUUAGUAACUACUUUUUUUUAAAAGCUGUAGUAGGUAGAAUCUUGGAAUUUUAGAGCUUUCCGUGGUCACUUUGGCUGUUUCUUUCUGUGAAUUUUUUUGUAUUGGAAAAGUUCGAUUUUUGUUUGCUAUUAUUUUUUUUUUGAAACAGAAAUUUUGAGAGGACAGAGAAGCUUCAAACUUGAAAUUCAUUUUUUUGAUAAGCUUGGUGAUUAAGGAUAGAAGGGUAAGGACUGGAAAAACCAGGUUCUUUGAGCUCGAUGAAUGAAAAUUAUCCAUGGAGCGUAAAUGUUGCGGCUGUUUAUCUGAAAUUUAUAGCAAGGCUUUUCUUUCUUUCCUCUUUUCCAGGGACGGUUGAGUCAGUAUACGGCUAAUUUAUCAGUUUUUUUUGUUUUGACCUAUGAAAAGAGGCUAUAUGAGAAACAGUGAACAUAGGUAGUUGGUUGUACUCCAACCAUUUUUUGGCUCUGAAGAAGCCGAAUUUACUUAACUAAAAAGCUCGGGGUAGAACGGAGAAUCCUUAACAAAAUUGGCAAAAAUAAAAAUCGUCGAAGGGGUUCGAACCUGGAAUCUAGUUUCCGUAGUGCAAGAGCGCUAGCCACUACAUCACGCUGCCAAGUUGAGCUAACGAGAGAGAUUCCUACUUGGUGCAAUUCACUCUUCUCCCGUUUGAGCCGUCAGAGUGAAAAAAAAAAGAUUUCAUCGUUGUUUUCUUUCAAAUUUCAAUUGGCUGUACGAUUUGAAAAGCGGUUAGAUGAGAAACAGUAAACACAGGUAGUUAAUUGUACUCGGAAUGUGUGCCGAUUCGAAAAUUGAACGACAAGGAUUGAUUGCCGUCGGCGGGGCGACGUUUAUCGAUGUUCCUAUUGUGUUUUGUCGAAUGCCGCCGUUCCGAUCGGGUUCGAAUUAAUGUGUACACCUAUCAUAUGCAACUGGUUUCGUCGGAAAAUGGUCUGUUUCUUGACUUCUUCAUUGUCUUCUUCCUCAGCGCAAGUCGUAGUUUUUUAGGAUUGUUGUGGUUUUUGUAACCUUUUUUGAGAUUUUUGAGUGUGUCUAGGUGAUCCAGGGCGUUUUUCUCCCCAUUUUCUGUUUAAAGAAGUCGAAAAAUCGUCUCCGGCUAUUGUUUCUUGACUUCUUCUACGUCUUUUUCUCAGAACAAGUGGCAGUUUUUUAGGGUUUUUGUGGUUUUUCUAACCUUUUCUGAGGUUUUUCAGUGGGUUUAGGUUAUCGAGAGCUUUUCCUUUACGUUUUCUGUCUCUAGAAGCUUAUUUCCUUGAUUUUCUGUUUCUAGAAACGUUCAAAUUUGACCAUCCAUUAAUUUUAGUUUUUUUUUUGGCGAAUCAUUUUUUCGACGAUUCAAUGCCAAACAGAGCGUUUAUAUUUUUGCACCACAGACCUUUGAAAAUUGGCCGAAUCGUAGAAAAAAGAUGGAGAAGGGACAUGAUUAGGUGGCAGCUUUUUAAGCCCAGAUUUUGAUCAGUUUUGCUGAUUUUUCAUAGUUUUCGAAGUUAUAAACGCUCCGACAAGCUCAAAUUAACCUCGAAAUGACGGCGAAUCUGAAUAGUUUCGAAUUUAGAGCGGUAAAUUAACUAUAAUAAUUUUUUUCAAAAAUUUUUUGGAUAGUAUUUUCAGGGGCUAGCUUACCAUUAGUUAACGAAAAAUCUCAAAUAUUUCCUUUAAGGAUCAUUUUUGGAUUCUGGUCACUUGUCUUUGGGACGAAAAUGCCGGAAAUUAUUUUUUUAUGAUCACUAUAACUGUAAUGAACAAAAUUGGAGGCUGAAAACUCGACAAAAAAUGGGAUUUUUUUGAAAAUAAUUCUGCGAAGUUUCCUCCAACUCUCAUCAAGCCAUUGAAAGCUUUUGGUUGCUUAGUUUUGCCUUGUUUUCAGAAGUUCAGAAAAGCUUGAAAUAACCUUGAAUGGUGAAACGGAACCCUUUGGCCGAACCAAUUUCAAUUUGUUUCAUUGGCUCUUGACAAUGAGCCGAUGACGGCCGUCGGAGGUCGUGAUUCAAUUUGGCGAAACCCGAGAAAUUCGGCCUUGACGCGCCGAGUUUCAUCCGGCCCAUGUGAAGCCAAUCUCUCAUCCCAAAGUUGAGGGAGGGUGCACCGAUUUGAGGGUGCCAAAACCGACGACGACGGCUGGCGACGUGACCCCGCCCCCGUCCGUGUCUUCUGGCUUGGCCAACUGCCCUGCACCUGUCUUGUCUUCUUUUCUUAG